UGAUACCAUUUCAGAGCAUGCACUAAGCAAGGAACAAAUUUUUCCAUCUCUUGCCUCCUUCACGACUAUCACGACCCUGAAUCGAAUAAUAAACAUAUCAAUCGAACAAUAACAUUGACGAUGUUGACAUUACAUACAGAAAAUGGGCUCUCACCGAGCAUCUGAUAUGGCUCAUCCAAUGUGUACGGUGUCUACUGAGGGCGCUUGCCUUUUUGAUAAUAUCCAACUACGAUAGCUCCUAAACAAUGACUAAAUAUUAAUAUUUAAUUAAUAACCUAGUUUUUUUAUAGAAGUAUUGGACGUUGUUGUUGUGGUUGCGAUUCAAUAAUUCAAGAAAAUUUAAAAGAUGUUAAGAAAUAAUCAACUGUUUUCUUAGUAUCGGAUGUAUUUGAACUUUUUUAUUUCAUUCGAAGAUGUCAUCAAGGCGUAGUGCGACAUCAGUGGCCAUGGUGCUAUUCUGCGUGGCAGUGUUAUGCGUAGGGGACGCGCGGGCGCGCUGCAAGUUGCGCAAACACAUACAUAAGGCCAUGCAGACGGACUUUACUGGACGACGAUGCUGGGACGACGUCAAGAUACAGUCCUGCUGGGGAUACUGUCUGUCCUACGAGAUUGCUGACUGGCGCUUCCCAUAUAAGGAUUCGCACCACCAAGUCUGCGGUCACGAGGAGCGCAAGCACGCCUCAGUCAAACUGAGACACUGCGACCCCGGUGUGGAGCCCGGCACCGACACCUACCACUACAUCGAGGCCACCAGCUGCAAGUGCCAGGUAUGCUCAUCAGAAGAUACGAGCUGCGAGUGGUUGCCUCCCGACUCCAGCCUGCUCGGCGGCCUGGUCCUCAAGGAGGAGAUAGAAGAGGAGGAUUAACACUAACGCGUACAAGGACGGAAUUACAUCGCAAGUUAUGUUAAGUAAAUAGUGUUGAGAUAAACAGUUUUAAGAAAAAUAAUAUACUGAACUUUUUUUUAUUUGCUCUCCCAACCGAAUGAAAAUAUCAUAAAAUUAGAGGAUUGAAGAAGAAGAGUGAGAUCGAUUUAAGUUCAGUCUUCUGUCUGGCCUAGUGAGUGUAGUGACCCUGCCUAUGAAGACGAUUACGGGUUCAAAUCCUGGUAAGGGCAUUUAUUUGUGUGUAGAUAACACAUAGAAAACACCCAUGUGAGUCAUGAGUGUUUUCUAUGUAUUUACGUAUUUAUUUAUUAUAUAUAUAUAUCGUUGUCUAAGUACUCACAACCAAAGAGAAUUUGAUAUAGAGGUGUAUUGUCAAAGAAAACUUUGUAGUAAUCAUGUGUCGAAAGAUGGCAUUAAAUUUACUGUGGCUACAAAAUUUUCUUUCACGAUCCACCUCUAUUUCAAAUUCUCUUUGCCACAACACAAGCCUUAAUGGGACUUGAUCAAUUUGCGUAAUAAUGUCCUAUAAUAUUUAUUUAAUAAGUAAACGUUAACAUUGACUAAGCUACCUUAAUCACCUUUUUCCUUUAUGGCCAUUUAUGGCUGUUCCUUGAUCUUCUAGACCUCUAGGCUAGGGCUCUCAUACUUGCUACAAUAUGGAAGUAGAAUUAGCGCUACGCUAGUCCCAUGGAAUACAAUAAUAAGUUAUUUUCUUAAGUUAUGUCUGUCACUUCUUUACCAAUACCUACCGAUAGAGGCAAACCAAGCUCGUCAUCAUUUCAUACAAGUUUGCCGUUUAAAAUAACACUUGCACAGUCUGUGCUGUCAAAAUCGCUGCCGAGUUAGCUUGGUCUGUCGCGGCCCAUAUAUUGACUUCAACACUUAACGGGCCAUCGGUGGACCAUAAAUCAGUGAAAUAAGGUUUACAAUAGUUCGAUUAUGAAAAGAGGGCCUACCACCAAUAUCGAUAAACCGAAGAACGUUAUCUGCCUCAUUGUCGCUCGAAUAUGCAUGAGCCAUAAAAACGCAGAUAAAGAUUAUUCAAUGCUAUUAGGCCAUCUGCGAAUUAUAUGACUGUUUGAAAACUAGUAAAAACCCCUCGUUCUUAAGUAGAUGACAUUGAUACAAUACCACAAGGUCAGUGAUCUUUUAUUUAUUCUAUAUAGGAGGGGGCAUUGACCUCAUACAUUUUUAAACAAACAGGUCCGGGUACCUACUUUGGGUUAAAGGUGGAUGGACAGCAUUGAUCUUUUUUUUCUGCAAUUUUUUUUUAAUUUUAAAGGUGCACUUAAGUAAUUUACUUAUGAGAAAAGUUUCCGUAUUUUAGUAUGUCUGUAAUCGACCUUUGGUUUCUGUAGGAGUGGAAUGUUGAUCAAGAAAUAUAAUGAACAAAAUAAAAUACAGCUCUUUUUAUAUAGAAGCUCCUUUUUAGAAUCCACCCUACGUGAUAACAAAGGUAAGGUAAUAAGAAUACAAACUUUACAAUAUGUUGCUGUAUGGCCAUCAAAGUGGCCAUAGCACACAAUUUUACUAAAUACUUGUUUGCACUUUCCGUUAAAAAAAAGCGCUGGUGGCCUAGCGGUAAGAACGUGCGACUUGCAAUCCGGAGGUCGCGGGUUCAAACCCCGGCUCGUACCAAUGAGUUUUUCGGAACUUAUUGUACGAAAUAUCAUUUGAUAUUUACCAGUCGCUUUUCGGUGAAGGAAAACAUCGUGAGGAAACCGGACUAAUCCCAACAAGGCCUAGUUUACCCUCUGGGUUGGAAGGUCAGAUGGCAGUCGCUUUCGCAAAAACUAGUGCCUACGCCAAAUUUUGGGAUUAGUUGUCAAGCGGACCCCAGGCUCCCAUGAGCCGUGGCAAAUGCCGGGACAACGCGAGGAAGAAGAAGACUUGUUGGCACUUUCCGAUAUUUAGUAAUAGUACAUUACUAUAGAGGACGGGAAACGAAGGGUUGCAGGCUCGCCGAGAUUUGUAUAGUGCUUUUCUCAAACUUGCAAUUAAAAAAAAGUAAGAUGAUGAUAAUGAUGAUUGUUUCGUAUCCUAAUGUGAUAGGUUAUUCUGUGCGUGGGGUAUUGAAGGCGAACAAAAAUGUAAUUAUUUUGGCGGUACGCCCUCCAUUACGUUUUUGUUUCUUUCUUUUUCCUUUUUUUCCUUUUUGUGUUUUUAUGAUUAUUACUUUGGGGUUAUUAAAAGGGGAACGAAAAUUUUAUUAUUUUCAGGGUUUAGAAGAUAUACAGCCCUAUAAAAUAUGUCUGCAUGACUGAAAAAAAAACUUUAUGGGGCUGUAUCUCCUAAACCGUGCGUCGUAGCGCAAAAAUAAUCAUAUUUAUGUUCCCCUUUAGGAAAUCCUGAAUUAUUAUUUAACAUACACAAAAAAGAAGAAAAAGUGACAAAAAAAAAGAAAAAAGGCAUAAUGGCAGAAUUUUGCUUAUAGGUUUUUAAUGGUUGAAUGCCAAGACGUGUAAUAAUUUGAAGUUUAAAAAUAAAAGAAGGUUGCCUUACCUGCUUAGGUGUGUAAGGCUGUAUGAAAUUCCUUUACACAUCAUCUUUACGCAUCGCAUGUAGUAUUUCCGGACCUAAUUUGAAGUAAGGUAUGUCAACAUUUCAUUACAAGUUUGAGUAAAGUCCAUUACAGACGGAGCGGUAUAUCUUAUAGGUAGUAUUAUAGAUCUGUGCUUAUAUAUAAUAUAGCUAAGCAACACACACGCCAUGGAAGCCAAAAUAUAUUUCGUAUUUUAUUAUUUUAUCUUCCUAUUAUUUAUUCUUUUACAUUUGACAUGUUUCCUGUAAGUUAGUUAAUAUCUUAGUAAUAUUUUAAUUUUAAGUUUGUAUUUUAAUUUUAAUCAUUAUGUUUCAAAGCUUUCAUGAGCCAUGUUGCUUGUAAAUAAAUGCAAUAAUAAUAAUAAUAUAUCGCUGUCUGUCUAGAACCU